AUGCGUGCCGUAGUUCAGAGGGUCACUUCAGCCUCAGUGACUGUUGACAAUGAGGUAGUAUCUUCGAUCGGGAGGGGAUUACUUGUUCUAGUUGGUAUUGGGUCUGAUGAUGGCCCUUCGGACGUGGAAUCAAUUGCGAAGAAGAUUCUUUCGCUGAGGAUGUGGCCCGACAUCGCGAAGAACACCCAAUGGAAAGCUAAUGUUAAAGAUAUCACAGGGGAAGUGCUGUGUGUGUCGCAGUUUACUUUGAUGGCUCGGACCGACAAAGGGAAGCCGGAUUUCCAUAGAGCAAUGGCUCCAGAGUCUUCGAAAGCGAUGUAUGCGACUGUCUUAGAGCGAUUGGGAGCGAUGUACGAUGCUUCCAGGGUGAAGGAUGGAAAAUUCGGAGCAAUGAUGUCUGUUGGGUUGGAGAACGAUGGGCCUGUCACUUUCACGUUGGAUUCCCGGAAAUUUGAGUAUAGUCCACCGGGGCCAGGUGCUGGUACUUCAUCGAAACAGGCUGACUGA